CAUUCUCUCCGCCAUCCAUCCAUUCCCACCAUCCCAAUUGCCUCCUCCCUCCAGAGGCUAAUGAUUGGCGUCGCAUUGCCAUCAUGGAGUACCUGCCCAGUCUGCAGCAGGCAUUCGACGAGCUAAAGCCGUCGCUGUUCGAGCUGCUCGCCGAACAACAGCUCUCCGACCUUCUGCCUCCCUCAAUCCGAUACAUCCUCGCUGUCGCCACUCAUCGCCAUCCGCGCUACCUCCUCCGUAUCCUCAACUCCUACGAUGAGAUCUACGCGCUCCUCUCCCUCGUCGUCGAACGAUACUACCUGCGCACCUUCGGCGGCUCCUUCACAGAGAAUUUCUACUCCCUCAAGCGCGAACGAGUCCUCCUAACGAAGAAUGGCGAGAUCCCUCGCGCCCAGUUGGGCGCCCCCGGCCCCGUCCGCGAAUCCCUCAAACUCCGCUCCUCCGACGUGUGGAAGAACCUCCUCGUACUCGUCGGAAUCCCUUAUCUCAAGCGCAAACUCGACGAAGGCUACGACAUCCACGCCGCCCCGCAAGCAUCCCUGAUCAUGAGCGGCGGCCCUCGAUACAGCCCAGGCGACGAGCUGCGUCCGAACCCAACAAUUCGCCAACGUCUCUUCCACUACUACAAAUGGUUCCUCCGAAACAUCUACCCCUCCAUCAACGGCGCAUACUACUUCUCCAUCCUCGCCUUCAACCUCGCCUACCUCUUCGACAACACCAAAUACUCCUCCCCAUUCCUCUGGCUCAUCGGCACCCGCAUCCGCCGUCUCAGCUCCGCCGACCACCGCGCCAUCGCCUCCAUCCUCGACCCCAAGCCCAUCCCCGGAGCAAGCGCCCGUUCCCGCCCCGGCUCCGGCCUACUAGGCCUCCUCAGCCCGCAAAACCUCUACCCCCAACUCCUCACCUCCCUACGCUACUUCCUCCCGGCCUCCAUCUUCGCCCUUAAAUUCCUCGAAUGGUGGCACGCAAGCGACUUCUCCCGCCAACUUGCCCGCAAAGCCACCGAAGUCCUGGACCUUCCGGCCCCCGUAACAACAGGAAUGACACCUCCUUCUGAGCGAAGGAAAGCAGCAGCAGCAGUUGCCACGGAGAAACAACCCCCCUCCCCAACCCUCAAAUCAGCAUUGAAACCCACCACCCCGGCACGCAAACGCAUCCAACCUCCCAUCUCAGCAUCUUCAUAUCUACCCAUCUUCACCGUGCCGCUUCCCCCGCCUGACUCGGACGUUGCGUCCGCGUGUCCGGUUUGUUUGAACCAGCUCACGAACCCUACAGCAUGUCAGACGGGAUAUGUCUUCUGCUACGUUUGUAUUUUCCACUGGUUGAACGGGGAGCAUCAACGACAGCAGGAUUUCAUGAAUGGUGAAGGCGCUGGCGCGGCGUGGGCGGACGAUGAUUUGGAUGACGAAGAAAGCAACGGACAUGGUAAUGGUGGUGAAGGCGAAGAAGAGGGCAAGAAGUCGCGGAGUAGACGGGGGAAGUGGGAGAGUGGGAAAGGGAGGUGUCCGGUCACGGGGAGGAGGGUGCUUGGUGGGACGGAGGGGUUGAGACGGGUGUUGGUGUAGAUGAUCGAUCCAGCUAUCUGGUCUUAUAUAUGGUUAUGGUUUAUGAUUUGUACGGAGUGUAUAUAUGCAUUGCAUUAAGGCUAAUGUUGAGGCUUGGCUACAGUAAUGAUGUCCAGCUCAGGAAUGAUAGCUCGUUAUCAUGUCAGAGUCAGGGAGAGAAAAAGCUGGGUAUAUUAUAGCAUGCUGCACAGGUAUCAUCGACGCUAUCUAUCGCAGAAUCAAGAG